AUGAGAGUGUAUCCUGAGUCCAACUUUAAACAUGAUGGUUCUAAGAAGAACCGGCCGGAUUCAAAUGUUAGUGGUCUUUCGCUGCUGGCUGCUAGCCUACGUCAUCAGACUACAGAGUUUUUUAACAAUUCAACAUUGCACGGUGUACGAUACAUUGCUGAGAAGGACAGGCCUUUUUGUGAAAAGUUUAUGUGGUUCAGUUUCACAGCAGUAGGAGCAGUAACCACCUGUAUUAUUAUAGUCAGUUUAUGGGAAAAGUUUCAAACUAACCCGACUAUCACGGGCUUGGAUACAGACUUCCAUAAUUGGGAUGUUCCAUUUCCCGCGGUGACGAUAUGUGACGUGGAUCCAGUUGACGACGACUUAUUGCAAACUUAUAUUGAAAGCACCUGGGGUUCAGAGGCUCCAGAGAAGGCGGGUGAGAUGAUGCGAUGGUUGGCGACCCUCACCUACCGAUCCAUAGAAGAACGUGCUGCGGAUUUUAUUUCUGACACAGCUCUCGUAGGACAGGAUGAUGAAGAUGGACCUGCAGUAGCUAAAAAUCCAAAAGAUGCUGUAUUCCAAAUAGUGCGACAUUGUGAAUCAUUGUUCUACGACUGUGAAUGGAAGGGCGAUUCCGAGGAAUGUUGCGACGUGUUAAUGCCUGUAUUUACUGAAAUGGGUUUCUGUUACGCAUUCAACUCAAAACAUGCGGAAAAAGUAUGGCCAUGGCAAUCACAGACCCAAUCAGAACAGUUCAAUGAAGCGUUCAUCCAUGAGACCGACGCGAAAUGGUCCUUCAUGUUUAAUUCUGAUCGGAAGAAUACAACGUUUGAUAUUUACAUACAUUCAACAGAAGAAAUGGCUGGUUUGGAACAAAGCGCUCAGCACUCUUGGGACCGUCGAGUGGAGAAAGUAUCAUUCUCCGUAAAGCACACGUACACUACUGAAGAUGCCCGUCAGCUAUCCAUUCGUCAACGACGCUGCGUGUUCGCCGACGAACAACAUCUAGAGACUUCCAACAUCUACACUUAUUCAGCUUGUAUGAGACAGUGUCGCAUGCAACGGAGUCGGGCUUUCUGCAAAUGUGUUCCCCAUUUUUAUCCACCUUUGAAGGGCUACAAACAAUGUACUAUAAGGGAGUUGGGAUGCAUAGCAAAACAUGCGUCUGUGAUAACAGAUGUUACGAGUUGCAGCUGUGAAUUAGGGUGCUCGCACACUGUAUACGAAGUGGAAAAACUCUCUGAUGUCGAUGCAACACGGAUAAGUGAAAACACUUUAUUGGAAACAGAGUUUGUGUCAUGGCCUAUGGUACGUUACAAACGUGAGGUUUUGUUCGGCUGGGUCGACUUGCUUGUCUCAUUUGGUGGUAUAGCGGGAUUGUUCCUGGGAUUCUCCCUGUUGUCCGGUGUGGAGCUAUUGUACUACUUCACGUUGCGAGCGUGGUGUGCAGCUGCAAGAGAUGCGGACGUUCUACGAGAGGAGAGGGCGGAGCGACUGGCUCGGCCUAAGCCUCCACACGACUUGAGUCUUGUGCCCUGGUGGAAGCAGCCACCAGUACCGCGCAGCGCUCGUCCGCUAGUUGUCCGAGCGAAGAACACACAGCCACCGGAGUAUUCACCUCCUCCUUCAUAUCCCACCUACUUACCGUAA